AUGGCGACAACGGAGGAACAAGAUUCAAGACUCUGUUUGGCAUCGAUAUUGGAAGAUUUUGCUAAACAACGAAACAUUCGAGUUAGCUUUGACGUGGAUUCGAGUUCGAAGAAAGCCGAUGAAACUUCUGGAGGAAAUGAUUUGCCAACAGAUCCUUCAGACUUGAAAAGGUAUGAAGCAGCAAGAUGGGUAAGAAACACACUUGGUGUUGUUGGAGGAAGAGAUUUGCCUGCAGAUCCUUCAGAGGAUGAUUUCAGAAUUGCAUUAAGGAGUGGAAUUUUGCUCUGUAAUGUCCUCAACAGAGUUAAACCUGGUGCUGUUGCAAAAGUCGUUGAAGCUCCAAAUGAUCCUCUUGUUAAUCAAGAUGGUGCAGCUUUAUCUGCGUUCCAGUACUUUGAGAACCUUCGAAACUUUCUUGUGGUUGUUGAGGAAAUGGGUAUUCCCAUGUUCGAAGUCUCUGAUUUUGAGAAGGGAGGUAAAUCCUCUAGAAUUGUGGAGUGUGUUUUGGCUCUUAAGUCAUAUCGCGAGUGGAAACAGAGCGGUGGGAGCGGUUCAUGGAGAUACAUUGUGAACUCGAAGCCAACCACGUUCGGAAUGGCAAAACAAUACAAACGGAAAGACUCAGAAGAAACUGUAGAUGCGGUCACUAGUAGUAGCCCUUCUAAUAAUACUUCAUCAAGCGAACAACCUUUGAUUGAUCAAUUUGAUUCUACUACCAAACAUGAAGGAACUUCGAUAGAUGCCAUUGUCCGUGCAGUUUUCUCUGAUAAGCAGCAAGAAGAAAUUCCCGGUAUUGUGGAAGAUAUGUUGAAAAGUGUCAUGGUAGAAUAUGAACGUAGAUUGGCCACACAAAGCCAACUUGGGAGAACUAUUUCAGGCAAUGACUCUGACGAUCUUGGGAGAAUUAUUUCAGGCAAUGAAGAGACGCUAAGGGAUGCUUCGAAUGGAGAAGAAAAUGUGAUAGAGAUUGUCAACAUGGAAGCUUCACAAGAUGACAAUGUCAAAGAUUGUGAGCUCUAUGGAAUUUCAAAAGAGAAGAUCGAAAAACAACAAAUGAUAAUCAACAUACAACAAAAUCAUACUGAGGAACUGAAACACGAUCUAAAGACUAUAAAGACAGGACUAAGUCUCUUGCAGAUGAAAUACCAACAAGAAUUUGCAAGCUUAGGUGAACAUUUGCAUGGACUUGCCAAUGCAGCUUCAGGAUACCAAAGAGUUCUUGAAGAAAAUCGAAAACUUUACAAUCAAGUCCAAGACCUCAAAGGGAACAUAAGGGUUUAUUGUCGAGUAAGACCAUUCUUACCUGGGCAAACAGGUGACUUAACUACUGUGGAUCACAUAGAGGAUUCAAGUAUAGCAAUUGCAACUCCUUCAAAAUAUGGAAAAGACUGUCGAAAAUCAUUCACCUUCAACAAAGUGUUUGGCCCUUCAGCAUCUCAAGAGGCGGUGUUUACAGACACUCAACCUCUAAUCCGAUCUGUUCUUGAUGGUUAUAAUGUUUGCAUAUUUGCAUACGGCCAAACAGGAUCCGGGAAAACUUUCACCAUGAUGGGACCUAAUGAGCUAACAGAAGAAAGCUUAGGAGUAAACUACAGAGCAUUGAGUGAUCUCUUUCAUCUGUCAAAGAUUCGAAACAGUUCACAAGAUGGAAUCAACGUGCCAGAGGCGACAUUGGUUCCAGUCUCCACAACUUCAGACGUCAUUUUUUUGAUGAAUCUAGGUCAAAAGAACCGUGCAGUCAGUGCCACAGCCAUGAAUGACCGUAGCAGUCGCUCUCACAGUUGUCUCACAGUACACGUCCAAGGAAAAGAUCUGACCUCAGGUGCAAUUCUAAGGGGUUCAAUGCAUUUGGUUGAUCUUGCUGGAAGCGAAAGGAUCGACAAAUCUGAGGUCACUGGUGAUAGAUUGAAAGAAGCACAACACAUCAACAAGUCUCUUUCUGCCCUUGGAGAUGUGAUUGCAUCUCUCUCUCAGAAAAACAACCACAUCCCUUAUCGCAAUAGCAAACUCACACAACUGCUCCAAGACGCUUUAGGAGGACAAGCAAAAACGCUAAUGUUUAUUCACAUUAGCCCUGAAGUAGAAGCUCUGGGAGAAACACUUAGCACCUUGAAAUUUGCAGAGAGAGUGGCCACUGUUGAACUCGGUGCUGCUCGUGUCAACAAAGACACUUCUGAGGUUAAAGAACUCAAAGAACAGGUUGCUAAUUUGAAAGCUGCUCUAGCGAGAAAAGAGAGCGAGGCAGAUCAAACGCAGCUCCCAAGACCCCUUACACCCGAUAAACUCGUCCGAAAAAAAUCACUUGGCCUUUCUUCUUCUUUUUCUAAAUCAGCAAACACAAGACAGUACCAAGCAAAACAUAAACCAUCAUCACAAAUUGAUGAUGUCAACAGCAUAGAGGGUCGAAGUGACUCUGCAUCCAGCAUUGACUUACAAGGACUAGUGAGUUCACCCUCAUGGAAAAGCCAGUCGAUAUAUGAAAAAGAGGAGGAAAUGAAAUUUAUAUCAGGUAGUGAAUGGGUUGACAAACACGAGGAUGAAGUCACGCGUAAAAGUAAACCUGAAAACAAAUCACAUACACAACUUGAGAAGAGAUUGGCUAGCUUGAAACGUGAGCCAUCACGAGGUGUAGACAAUAGUAAGUGCAAUGUAGGUAAAGGUUUCGAGGUGAGGAAGAUCUCAUACGAAGAAGAAGCGAACGAGUCUGAUGGAACCGCGACAAGCGAUUGCUCGGAGAGUAGUAACUUGAUGUGGCAGUUGAAUGUUCAAGUGAAUAUGCCUAGAGUAGCUGCCUCAACUAAGCUAAAGAAGAAUCAAACAAAAACCAAGAGUAUGAUACCUUCGCUUAUUCCAGCGCCUACUAGGAGACUAUCGCUUGGGGCUAUUAACUCAUCAUCAUCACCAGGACAAACUUCUUCAAGACAUAACACACUUGUUGUGAAGAAGAGACAGAAUCACAAGUAA